AUGGCUGAAGACUGGCAGGUGGUCGCCUCGAAGGCACAAGCAGAGCUUUUGAAUUCCAUACCCCCAAAGUGGCGGUUGCCCGAGCCAGUCGACCCUUCUGUGACAGACGUUCGUGCUAUUCCGAGGACCUGUGGACUGCUUACGGAAAGACAGCUCUUGAUCACAGAGCAGACGGCCAGCGAGCUCGUAGCCCAGCUGAGAACUGGCAAGCUGUCCUCCGUCGAAGUAACCGAGGCCUUCUGUGCAAGAGCCGCGAUUGCACAUCAGUGCGUAAAUUGCCUGACAGCCUUCUUUCCCGACGAGGCUUUAGCACGAGCAAAAGAACUUGAUGACAUCCUGGCCAGAACGGGCACUCCAGUUGGCCCUUUACAUGGAUUGCCCGUCGGCAUCAAGGAUAUCUUCCACAUGAAGGACAAGAAUCUGACCAUGGGCUAUGUGGCCUGGUAUAACAACCGAUGCACGUCUGAUGCGUCCAUUGUGCAGAUAUUGAGAAAUGCUGGCGCUGUCUUCUUCGUUCGCACAACGAUGCCGCAGACGGGCAUGUUCCUCGAAACCUGGAGCAAUCUCUGGGGCCGUACCAUGAACCCUUUCAACAGAGAGUUCUCUGCUGGUGGCUCCUCCGGCGGGGAUGGAAGCCUCGUGGCCAUGAGAGGCGCACCGUUCUGCCCCUCAACCGAUAUCGGUGGCAGCAUUCGUGCCCCGGGGACCUUCAAUGGGCUCUACGCCAUGAGACCUACCGCUGAAAGAACCGCGAAGAGGGGCAUGGGAACGGCUGCCCCGGGCCAGAUCUCCAUCAAGGUCUCUUCCGGCCCGAAUUGUCACAGCAUCGCGGAUGUCAAGCUCGUGGCCGAGAUCCUUCUCACUCACCACGGCUUGCCAUUUGAGCCCACCGCUGUGCGGAUGCCCUGGAAGCAACUCCCUGCAAAAACGGGGAAACUGUGCACUGGGUUGCUCGCCACAGACGGGUGUGUGACCCCACAACCACCCAUUGCAAGAGCGCUGCAGGAGACUGCAGCACGCCUGCGAGAGGCUGGACACGAAGUCAUCGAAUUUAAACCCCCGUUUGACUGUUGGGAGGUCGCACAGGACACUUGGCGCUUAUGGUUCCAGACCGGGGCAAAGGAGACUAUAGACCUGGUCGCGUCGUCGGGCGAGCCGCUCUAUCCCACCUUCAAGUGGUAUCUCGAGACAUUUGCCAUCAAGCCCUUGAGCGUGCCAGAACUGUUCAAGCUCAACACCAAGCAAGCCGAAUAUCGCUACCAGUUCGCCGAGGCAUGGCACAACACGCACACCCAAACGAGUUCCGGACGCCCUAUCGACUGCCUGAUCUGCCCGUGCGCGCCGUCGGCGAGCUUCCCGCACGGCUUCCCGGUCUGGUGGGGGUACUUCAGCCUGUGGAAUCUGCUCGACUACCCGAGCAUCGUGCUGCCGUUGAAAAAGAUGCGCGUCGACCCCGUCAAGGACGCGAAGGAUGCUGCCGCCGCUUACGUCCCCAAGGAUAACGUGUUUGACAAGAUGAACUGGGAAAUUUAUGACCCCGAACGCUGGAAGAACCAACCCAUCACGAUACAACUUGUGCGGCCGCAGUUCAGCGACGAGGAACUCAUUUCAGUCGCGGAGACGAUAGAUAAUGUCUGCAACCAGUGA